AUGGCGAGUAUUAAAAGAAUAACAACAAACAUUUUCGAUUGCCUGACUUCCGACUACCCAUGUUAUUGUGACACGGUUUGUUCCGGCUGGUUAGGUUCGUUUUCCGACCAUUUCCUUGCCGCAGAAAGUUCAAACGUAGGUUCCAGUCAUUUCCCGGCCGUUCCCUGUAAACUUCGGGCUGGAAACGGUCAGGAACUAAUCGGAUAUUUCCUGUGCAAUUCCGACUGGAAUCCGGCGGCAAGGAACCUGCUGGAAUCGUCGAAAACUGUGCCGGAAUCGAGAAGAGCUGUACCGGAACCGACUCAGAUUUCAAUGGAUCCAGUCGCCGGAAUGAUCGACCUGGAACUGGCCAUAUUACUUUUUGGAUCUGUUAUCGACACGUUGGGGGAAAAGGAUGGAGAUGCAUAUAUUAUCAAGGAAAUUUUAUUAAUAGAGCAAAAGCCAAACGGUGUCGCCGCUUCUUCAUGGAUAAGUCAAUUUGUCAAUCUCGAUUUGAGACGUUUGGAUGAUGCAAGCCCGAUUGAUUAUACACCAUUGACAAAUAAAAAGCUGAGAGCAACGAAAUCAAGCCCAAAGGCGUUUGGAGAAGACCUCAGCGAUGAUGAUGAUGAUCCUAUUCUGUUAUCAACUGAUUGA